AAGGCCUGACAGAGACUACAGGAGGUUGGGAGUUAGGGCGUAAGGCCUGGCUGGACGAUGGAUCGAAAGAAGAAGCCUUUGGACGUUACAGCUUCCUCGUUGGUAGAUCUUAAGGCUGAGCUCUUCCGAAAACAAGAAGAAUUCAAACAAGAAAAACUUCUAAAAGAUUCUGGAGUUUUUGGAAAACCAAAGACAACUAAUAAGAAGCCAAGUAUCUGGAACAAGCAAAAUGCAGGCGUGUCCAGUCGAGCAGAGAAGGAUGCUGAACAGAAACUUGAGGAGCAGAAGACUUUAGACAAAGCAAGGGAAAAAUUGGAAGAAAAGGCCAAAUUAUAUGAAAAGAUGACUAAAGGAGAUUUUCUAGAUGAGGAAGUGGAGGACAUGUACCUUGUGGAUUUCACACAGAAGAUCAUAGACAAGAGGAAAGAAAUGGAGGUGCACAGUGCUUCGAGAGAUUCCCGAAAUGCAGAAGAGAGAGAUGAUGAUGAAGAGUUUUCUGAAAAAGACAUACCCCCUCCCCAAGACCCCAGUGAGGAAUGGGUAGAUUACGUAGACUCUUUGGGCCGAUCCCGGCGCUGCAUGAGAAAGGAUUUACCAGAUCUAUUGGAGAUGGAUAAAAAUCUUCAGGGGAGACUUUUUGUUAGUCCUGCCAAUGAAAAAACUUUGUUAUCUGAAGACAUGAAGAAAGAACUUCAGCGCCAGCAAUGGGAGGAAGAAGAAAGGGAGGCCCUGAAAAAGCCAAUGGGACCCAUCCAUUAUGAAGACAUUCGGGAAAAUGAGGCCCGGCAACUUGGUGUUGGGUAUUUUGCUUUUGCCCGAGACAAAGAGUUGAGAAACAAGCAAAUGAAAACUUUAGAGAUGCUUCGUGAACAGACAACAGAUCAGAGAAUAAAACGAGAAAACAUAAAGGAAAAGCGAAAGGCUAUGUUAGAAGCAAGACUUGCCAAACUUCGACACAAAAGGAUUAAAAAAUCAAAGGACGGGACUGAAGAAGAAACUAGAGCAGAUGGAGAUGUUACUGAGCCAUCAGAACCAAAGGCUGUGCCUGCUCCACCUCCUGUGGCCCAGAAUAGCAAGGUAGAAGUCAUCAUCCAGGAGAGGAAGGAUACCAAGCCUGGAGUGCCACACAUCCGAGAGUGGGACCGAGGAAAAGAAUUUUCCUUUGGAUACUGGUCGAAGAAGCAGUCAGAACUCCGGGCUGAGCGUGAUCCUGAGUUUGCCCCACCUUCAAAUUACUUUGUGGGUCAAAAGAGAACUGGUCCUUUCGGUAGCCAGCCAUGGAGCAGACCAAGCGACUUGGGGCAUUGCUCUGGACAGAGCCAGGAACCCGGCUCUUCACACACAUCCACUCCUGCCUCUGAAAGCUUACCACAAGCACCCACAGUCACUUUCCAAACACUAGAUGAUAUGAUAUCUUAUUAUAAACAAGUCACAUGACCUUAAAAAGUAUGUUGGUUGCAUUUGUGUCAUAGAAUUCAGGACCGAACUGAGUUUUACUUCUUUCUUCCUGUCCUUUCCCUAGGAUGCACAGGCUUGAAGCCAGAUUAGUUGACAGGGAGGAGGAGUAAGUGUACUGAUUGGAGCUCAUUGACUAUGUGGCUGUUCACUUUUUUUGUUGCUUGGUAUAAAGGGAAUAUCUCCUCCCUUCCAUGCUGACCCACUUGUAACUCAUUUGGAUAUCCAGGUCUGUGAACUGUAAAUACUAAGCUGUGAAAUUUGAUACUGAGGAACUUGUUUCUUUAGAUUAUUUUAUGUAUGUGAGCAUUUUGCCUUCUUGUAUAUGUGUACCACAUGUGUGCUUGGUGCCCAAGGAGGUCAGAAAGAGCGUUGAAUUCCUUGGAACUGGAGUUAUGGAUAAAUGUGAGCCCCUAUGUGGGUGCUGGGAACUGAACCUUGGUCUUCCACAAGAGCAGCCAGUUCUCUUAACUACUAAUCCAUCUCUACAUACUCUGCUGAGGAGCUUGUAACCCUGCUUCACAAGCACACCCAUUAAUGACUUUGCUUUCAUGGCUCCAUUCUCUUCCCUUCAGAAGUGCUAGCAUGCAGGUGUCUACUCUACAGAUUUAACUUCUGAGACAGGUGAUGGAGCAAAGUCAGGAGGAGUUUUUACCUGCUCAGGAAGCAAAUGAGUGCCUGUUAUAGGAGGAAAAGGGGAGCUGGUGGAAUACUGAGUAAGCAGUCACAUCUGAAGCCAUAAGGUCAGGGAAGAGCACCUGCAGUUCAGAGGUAGAAGCUGAUUGUUGAUCUUUGUUGUGUCAUCAUGUUAUCCGGUUACCUAUAUCUCUGUCUUCUGUGGACAUCUGGAGUUGUGCAGAAUCACUUGGGCAUUCCCAAAGGCUGCUGAGCCUGGUUAGAAACCAGUGCUCCUUAGUUUUACCAGCUGGAGCUUUGAUCUUGUCUUGCCCUCCUGCCUCUGUGCCUCCUGGGGCUUUGCAUUGCUUGAGGCUUCUUGACUCACUGGAGCCUGAGUGGGUCAGACUUGGAUUCCGUGUACAGAGCAGGUAGGUCACUGCCUAUAUCCUUAUUGAACAGGGAAGACCUGCCUAUUUGGGGCCUCCUUUAUAAUACUGCGUUAUGAGUAGAAAUGCCCAUUUUCUUAAGAUGACCUAUUGGAAUGUAGAGCAGUCAAUACCUAGCUCAAGCUCAUGUGGCAUCUAAGUUUCAGGUUCAGGACUUAACAUAUUUAAUCUCCAGAGUCAUGCUUUUUCUAGUAACCUCUGCUGCCAGUCUUCUUGCCUCCCUAUCAAGAAAGUUUAGACAAAUCCCAUUCUUACAAAGUUACCUCUGAGCUCCACAACAAAGGCAAAAGCAGUCAUCCAGUCAGUCUCAUCAGGGAAAUAAAAUACCUCUUUUAAUAUACAUCAAAACUCAACUAACUAGCUGCCUUUCAUUUUUUUUCCAGAAAUAACAAACAUAUCCUAAAAUUCAUAUGGAAAUGCCAGGGACCUAGACUACCCAAAGAAAAGUUGGAGGACCAAACUUCUUGAUUCAAGACUUACUGCAAAGCUACCACAGUACAAAUGGUGUGGUACUGGCACAGGAACAGACACAUAGGUCUGUAGGGUAGAGUGGAGCUAGGCAUUUGUGAGCAGUUGACUUCUAACAAGGGUGCAUAACCAUCUGAUGGGAAGGAAUGUACAUUUCACAACUUACUAUUCAGGGCAAAGCAAUGAGUUUAGAAUUUGACCUGAAACCGUAUCUAAAAGUCAACUCAGGAUGAACCAGAGACCCAAAAGUAAGGGCUGAAACUAUAAAAUCAGCAAACAGAAUAAAACAGCUUAGAGGAGAAAGAAAGAAAUAGAAUUAGUAGGCAUGCCACAACCAUAAAUAAAAUCAAAAGCGAGGCAUGGUGGUGCAUGCCUUGGGAGCAGAGGCGGUGGUGGAUCCCAGUGAGUUCAAGGCCAGCCUUGACUACAUAGCAAGCUCCAAGCAGAAUAAAAGGGAAACAAAUGAUGUGAAUGCUGAAAAGAAAGUACAUAUGGAAGGCAGAGUGCCAACAAGGGGGUGGAGAUAGGGAAGAGAAGGCAAGAGGGGCAGCCAGGCAGCAGUGAGCCUUUAGUGGAGCCAGUGGGCAUGGGAGGACCCAGCAACCACAAGCCUUUCCAAUGUGCAGAAGGAAUCAAGCACAGCCAUUUACCCUAUCAACUAGUAACUAGGUCAUAUUUUCCCUGGGAUUUUGAAGACUCUACGUUUCUUUCUAGUCCUCUCUUUACCACAUCAGUAAUAAGCCCAGCUAGCUGUAUCUUCAUUUUUCCAUCCCUUAGAUCCACUUUAGCCUAUCCACUUUUGAAAGUUGUUUGUCAUGGACCAUUUUGUGCCAGGAUGUCCGACAGAUGGCAGCAGAGUCCUCAGUUUAACUCCCUUCUCUAAGACAGUAUUGGAUUCAAGGGGAUGCAACCAAGUGCCACUUUCAGUUUUGUUUCUUUCAUUUUGGGGACAUGAAGCUCAAACUUGAUAUAUAGCAGAGAUGAUCUUGAAGAUUUUGUAGUUUUUUUCUUUGACAAUUUUGUACAUGUAUAUACCUAAUGUAUUGUUUCCCCAUAUCCUCUACCCUCAUAUCUCCUACCCUGUCAACUUCUCUACAACUUUUUUUUCAUAUUGUUUUCAUUUUGUUGUCUUCUGCUCCACUGAUUUUAUCUGAAACUAUCUGUGUGACCAUGGAUUCUGGACUAUCCAUGGAACCUGGACAAUAGUUGCCUUUCUCCCAGAAUCCAUUGUAGCCAGCUGUUCGACAGCGGUGAUAGAGCCCCUUGAGGUCCUUCCCAAUCAAUGAUUGCUUCUUGACAGUCUCAGUCUUUUGCCGACCCUGUGCAGACAGUCAUAAUUGCUGUGAGAUUGUGCUGUGUUGUGUGUAGUGGCUAUGUUGUGCCCUGAAAAUGGCACUUCACAGUCUUCUCUCUUCCAGCAUUGCCUUUCUGUUCCCUUUCCUGAUGUUCCUGAGCCUAGAGGGAUAGGCACUCAGCCAUUGCUUAUUCUUAGCACCUUGAGCAUAAUGUGGAUAGAUAGAAACUGGGGGAUGGGGUGGCAGAGCAUCAGGAUUGGAUUUUUGAUCCUCCUGUGUAUACCUCCAUCUCUAGAGUGUUAGAAUUACAGGUGUGCACCUGGUUUAUGCCUUGCUGGGGAUCUAACCAGGGCUUUUGUGCAUGUUAGGUAAGCAUUCUACCAACUGAAAUAAUUUCCAUGCCAUUUUCAGCUUUGUUAGAACCUUUUCCUUUUCCUUUCCUUUUUCCUUUCCUUUCUCCUUUCCUUUCUCCUUUCCUUUCCCUUUCCUUUCCUUUUUCCUUUCCUUUCUUUCUUUCCUUUCUUCCUUUCCCCUUUCCUUUCCUUUCCUUUCCUUUCCUUUCCUUUCCUUUCCUUUCCUUUCCUUUCCUUUCCUU